GCGUUGCUCACGUCUAUGAUGAUGACAAAACAAUCACCGCGAUUAAAAAAAAAAACAUAAAUGUGUUCAACCACAGAGCAUGGCUACGGCGACCAAGGCAGCGGCCCUGGUGCUAGUUGUGGGCGUGAUCCUGGGCCAGUUCUCCGAGGGCGACUGCCUCCUCUUCAAGAUGCUGCUGCGACGGCUGAGGAAGUGGCGGCAGAAGAGGAGGAAGAAGAAGAAGAAGGCGAGGAGGGGCAAGCAGGAAAAGGAGAAGGCGACGAAGCUAGGGUGGCACGCACACCCGGACGACUGGCGGGUGGCCCCAGUGUACGCCGAGGUCGGGGGAAACAACCGUCCCGCCCGCCUGGCAUGGCAACGUCCUUGAAGGUUCUGGCGGCGUGCUGCGUGCUCUUGGCGCUGCUGCCACGGCCCUGCCCUGCCCUCGAGCUCUGGUCCAAGGUGCGCGAGUUCUUCAGAGAGAAGCGGCCGCUGCCCAAAGAGGGGGAGUUCGUGCGCGAGAACGAGUUCGAGUUCCCCGGGACGGACCGCCGGCUGAUCCGAGCCCUCGGAGCGCUGUGGGACGCCUACUACGAGUGCCUGCGGAGCAGCUACGCCAGCAUCGGCCCUCUGCGCUCCAUCACGCCCGAGGCCGUCAUGGCGUUCGAAGGGAGUUCCAUCAAGCUGCCCUGCAAGGCGUGCAUCUCGCCGGCCGACGACCCCUCGGAGGCCGUGUGGCUGUACCAGGGCUACGCGGAGGGGGAGCGGGCGCGGCCCGUGGCGCUCGGGGAGAGCGCGCUGGCCUCGCGGGAGGACCGGUCCCUGCUGCUGUUCAACCUGCGCGCCGCGCAGAGCGGCCAGUUCCUCUGCCAGGCCGGCGGUGCCGUGACCGCCUCCUACUUCCUGCACGUUGCCAACAGCUCCGAGCCAACCGCCACGGUGUACCCAGACACGGCGCCGCCCAACAAGACACGCGCUCGGCCCCCGGUCGACGUGCCGCGACGGGGGCUGCGAGUGUUCUCGCGGUGGCAACCGUGGACCGGAUGCAGCCGCUGCGACCUGGCCGGCAAGCGCACGCGGACCGGGGCGUGCACAGUGUCCCUGGCGGGGGGAGAGGCGGCCACGGGCAUCCUGGGGCUGUUCCCCGCCGGCCUGCCCUGCCGCUCCCCCCUCCUCCCGCCCCAGCUGCGCGCGCUGCCCGCCGUGCGAGACCGCCCCAGCGAGAUCAUGACAGGCUACUGCAAGGUCCCUUGCACGGGACCGACCGUGUACGAGGUGCGGGACCACGAGGGACGCCUGGUGGAGCGUGCCAACAACUCGGCGGGGAUAUUCUCCAUCUUCCAAGGUGUGCCCACACCGCCCCCCGACGUGCAGCGGCGCUCGCGGUACGAGUCGACGUCCACGCCCAGAAUCACGAUCCAGUGCCCCGGCAACUUGAACAGCGACGCCCCGGUGCUGUGGCAGUUGGGAUCCCAGCACAUCAACCCCAUCGCGAUCUUUCAGCAGACGCACGGUCGGAUAUACAUAGACCCCUUCGGACGCGUCGUCAUCAACAGGCCGCAGGUCAAGGACUCCAACAUCUACAGCUGCUGGCAGUCAAAGGAACUCGCCGGGACAGUGAGGCUGAUCGUGGAGCAGAAACCGGAGGUCACGGCCAACCAUCGCGUCACACUAAUUGGCCUGGCGCUCAUCUUGGGCACGUUUGCCUACAUCCUGAACAAAGUGGUCACUGGUCGCGGCAGGCGGUGAAGAGACAGGUUCUUUACACCGUGCUUGCUGGAACUUUCACUACCCUCGUCAACACAGAAAUUGUGUAUUGUGGAAAACAAACCAAAUUUACAAACUGUCACUCUUUACUUGUGAUUUAGUAAUAAAAAAUUCUAAGCAAA